AUGACUACCCGGAUUCUCCCACUUGAACUAAUCGACAAAGCCAUUGGAUCAAAAAUCUGGGUGUUGAUGAGAGGGACGAAGGAAGUCGUAGGCACUCUGCAAGGAUUUGAUGACUACGUCAAUUUGGUGCUCGAUAAUGCAGUUGAAUUUUCACCAGAUCCCCACGAUAAAUCUAAGGUUGUCAGGAAUGAGUUGAGUUGCGAAAUACUAUUGAAUGGCAACCAGAUCGCUCUUUUAGUUCCUGGGGGAUCAGGUCCAGAUGGUUCAAUGGCCUCGGAAACGUAG